CAUCCGCCAUGUUUGUUUAUGUUGUCAAAAUGGAGGCUAUGAAAAUAUCACGCGUUAGGUAACGGAAUGUUCUACGCUUUUAAUAAAGUGCAGCGCAGAACCAGACACAUAUAAUUUUUAGAUUAAAAUGGCAACAACACAGAUGACCCCACUGCCUUCGACUUUUGGCAAUGUGGGUCACAUGAUGCAGAAAAGUCCCAAGUCGUAUGCUGCGGCUGUGGGCGCCAGUCCACACAACCGCGUUAAUCACUACGGGAUUGAAGUCGUCGACAAGAUAGUCUGGCAGGGCUGGGAGCCGGGCAGGGAGUACACCAAGAACAUCGUUCUCAAGAAUGUCAAAGUGAAGACGGAAAAGAUCAGAUACAAAGUUCCUGAAUCGAGAUUCUUCACGACGCUGUACCCGAAGCCGAUCAUUCUGAGUGCUGGAACAAGCUUCACUCUCCCCGUCACCUUCAGACCACUGGAGAAAAAUGUGUAUGAGGACAAGAUACUCUUUAGAACAAAUGAGGGAGAUUUUGAAGUCCCGAUUAAAGCGAUCCUACCACAGACUGAAAUAAAACUUCCAGACAUCCUGGAUUUCCAGAUGUGUGCAGCCAAAGACUCGGUCCAGUUCGAGUUUGACGUGCAGAACAUAGGUGAUGUGGAAACAUACUUGUUCUGGGACGUAAAAGAACCGUUCACCAUCCUGCCGGCAGAUGCUAAUUUACCAUUCAAAGGAAGCUGCCAGUUCAAGGCCACAUUUAAACCUACAGGUGCCAUCAUGUACAAGGCAGAAGCAGUCUGUAGAUACGGCAAGGAUGGCAAGUUGUCAAAAGUCAUCCAUUUUCAAGGGAUAGGCAAAUAUCCGCACCUCUUGGUAUCUCUUCCGGGCAGGCCUGCCAGCAGCAUGGACAAAGAAAAUCUCGAAGCUGUCAUUCAGUUCGGAACACCACCCAUCGGAACCAUGGUUACCAAAUGGGUGGAGCUUCACAAUUUGGUUCCGGUGAGAGUUCCGUUUCACGUGGAGCGUAUAGGACCUCCCAGUCGGAUUGACAUGGUGUUCAGCUGUCCACAGAAAGAAGGGAUUGUGCCCCCAAUGUCGGCCAUCAAGAUCCCUCUGCUGUUCCGCCCUAACACCGUCGGAACCACCAGCAUCGACUACUUCAACAUCGCUGCCAUUGGCAACAUCAGCAAGAGCAUCAUCAAGUGUGUUGGCUCAUCCAAAGGUCCGCAAGUGCAGCUGACGGCAAAAACCGUGAACUUCAUGCAGAUUGAUAUCGGUCAGUGCGGAACUCGCACCAUCGACAUUGUCAACAAUUCUGACAUGGACGCUACAUAUCAGUUUGUGAUAGACUGCAAUGAGAGUGUGUUCAAGUUCGACAAUGUGUCUGGUGUACUGAAACCUGAAUCCAGAAAAACACUGAUUCUGAAAUUCUACCCACAACACCCCAUCAACUACUACAGGAGGGUUACGUGUUUAGUGCACAAUCAGGAUCCACUAUUUCUCGACCUGCUGGGGACGUGUCACUCGGAAAUGGUGAAACCAGCGGUGUUGUUAGCGAAACAUGUCAGUCGGUAUCGCGUCCAUGUCGAACAGGGAUUCACGAUGUACCCCCCUGAACAACUAAAUGAACUUGUUCGAGACAGAAAGCUGGCAGUUGAUAAAUCAGGAACACUACUAAUACCAAAGACGGACAAUGCAUUAAAAACCGAGUUUGAAGGGCAGUCUCUGCAGAUUUCACCCAUGAAGGAGUACUUCAACGAUGGCUUCCAUUGUGAUGUUGUCGAUACUGUACCCCAUGUAAGCACAGACAUCAAUAUGGCCGACUUUGGAAACUGUCAAAGUUUGAAGUUUAUUGAAGACAAGACUGUAAAUUUGACCAACCACACUAAAGGAAAGAUCACAGUGCAGUGGAUGGGAGAUGCUGACCGGGUGUUUUCUGUGUUUCCCUCCACCAUGGACAUCCCUCCGCUCAAGAGCUGUUCUUUCAGGGUGUCUUUCAAACCGAACGUGCCUAACCAGUUUUUUGGAGCGGAACUGGAGUGUUUUGUGUACUACAAGAGCCUGCGAGACUACCGUCUGGUGGAAGACUCGACCUUCUGUCCUCCCUGGUGUGUCACAGUCACCUGCACUGGUCAUACGUUCAUGCCGCACAAUGAGAGCUUCCUGCCGCGAUACACGUUCGACAGUCCACAUGUUAUAUUCCCUGCCGUCAAUGCAAAGGAAUCGGCAUACCGAACAAUCUGUUUGACAAACACUGGAACGACACCGAUACAGUUUGACUUCGAAAAAGAUACAACAUGCACAUUUGCAGUGAAGCCGGCCAAGGGAUUGUUGAAAGAGAAACACCAGAUAUUUGUUGUGAAGUCGACACCAAAUGAUGUGAAGACCUACAUACAGAAACUAACUCUCAGCUUGAACGACAAUGAAAAAUACAACCAGGUUAUCCAGUUUUCUGCAUCUGCAGAGUCGGCUGAGGUACUGUUGGAUACUGACGGUGUGAUGUACUUCAAACCAACGUGUGUCGGGACCGCGUCCAGCAGGGCUUACUCCAUCCGAAACAUCUCCAGAAUACCUCUCAGGUUUGAAUGGAAACUACGGUAUGCUGAUUCUCAUCUGCUCCGAGUUCAUCCAGACUCAGGUAUCAUCCAACCAAACGAAUCACAGAGCCAGAUUUGGUCAUUUGCACCGAAGUCUCAGGAGAAGUUUGUGAUGAAGCCGAGUCUUGUUGUGUGGGGCCAGGGAUUCAGCAGCGAGUCAUCGGGGGGCAAGAAGCGACUGUUUUCGGUCCGAGCCAUUGGCCAAGGCGCUGUAGGGGAAAUAAAGGUAGAUCAGAAUUAUUUCGACUUCGGAGACAUUGUUGUGGGCAGUUCGAACAGUCACAUGCUGACGAUUUACAACAACAGCUCAUGCAGCCUGUACUAUCGCCUUCUCGUGAAUGCCACGAUUGACGGGGUUGACCCACAAGAUGCUGAACUCAAAGAUGCAGUCAAGUGUCUGGAACUGGACACAGAGGAGGGCGUGUUAGCGGCGCGGUCAAGACAGAGGAUGAUGGUUACCGUGAGACCCAUCAGUCGUGUGACGUACCAGUUUACACUGUCCUACCAGCUCCUCACACCAGAAGUUGAUGGGUCUCAGAGUUCGGCCAGUGAAGCACAACACCUGUGCCACGUUUUCGUGACGGGUGUCUACCCAGUGAUGUCGAUCACGGAUGCGCGCUGUUUCGGCAGUGCCGUCGGAAUCAGCAAGAAGCUGCUCUGGAAUCUCUUUUCUUUAGACAAGUUGAAUGUUUUCCUUGACUCUGAUCCAUCCUCGCAGGAACUGAGAUACAACAUGGCAACCAGACACAGCCAUCAAAGACGUCCCUCGGUUUAUACUCGGGCUAUCCUAGACUUCAAUUUUAGUGCAGCACCACUAGGCACUGAGGCAUGUAAUGUGACCUUGAUGUUUGAAAACACAGGAACAGUACCAACAACCUGGGCCUUUUUGUUCCCAUGUGAUCUUCAGCUGGAGUUAGAGUAUUGGUCAGAGACGGGAGAGUAUGACGAAGAUGAACUUCACGAGAUGAAGGUGAUGGACAAUGGACUGUUUAGUAUUGAACCCAAACAAGGGAAACUGGCCCCCGGAGAAUGCCGCAAGGUCACGCUGACCUACCGCCACACCAUGGCGGGAACCGACAGAUUGCCCGUCCUACUAAAACUGGCAGGAGGACGAGAAAUACUGCUGAACUUCAUUGGAGUGACUGUCGAGUCAGAAAGACGGUACAUCCACUUUCCGAGUAACAAGCACAUGUUCACCCCGGUGCCUAUCGGAGAGAAGACCAGUCCUAAACAGAUUUAUGAGCUGUACAAUGGUGGAGCAGCUCCAGUGCAGUACGAGUUUGACUUGACAUCUUUGAAAAUCAUACAACAGGAGAACUUUGACCAGCCAGUCUUUGAGUGUCUGAACCCAAGUGGUGAAAUUCUUCCUGGCCGUACAAUAUUGGUGGAGUGGAGGUUCUCACCACUGGAAGCAAAAACAUACAUGGUGGAUGUGCCUAUACGUAUCGCUGACGGUGACACGGCUGUGAUAACAUUCACCGGGGUCGGCUUCGACAAGCGUGUGAUGGGUGAUACGAUGCCGUUAACAGACCAGCCCGACUUGAGUGGUGUGCCCAGUGUACAGAGUGUCACUGUGCCAGGACAGCUGCUGUACCUGUCUCACGAGCGCGUCUCGUUUGGUAACAUGCCGCUGUACAGCAAAGCCCGACAGAUGCUCUUCUUGAUGAACCGGUCAACCAAGCGACCCGUGUCUUUUGAGUGGCAUGUUUCAAACCAGGCCGACAGCAAGGUAUUACACAUUACACCAAUACGAGGUCACCUGCAGCCAGGCGAGAUGUCCAUGUGUCGCGUGCUCUUCAUUGCCAUGGGCGAAGCAUCCUUCUAUGACCUUGACCUCAUUUGUGAGGUUACGGAUGAAUAUGAGAUGGGAGAGUACAGACGGAAGCUGAAGGAAUGGGAAGACGAAAAGGAGAGACAGAAGGUCGAAUUCAUUAUCACCGAAGAUGACUUGGAUGCAGACAAAAGAAUUCCAAAUGAAGUGGAAAUCACAAGACCAGACUCUCAUCUGUCAUCCAGGGAACGCAGCCGAGGAAGCUGUAGAUCAGAGAAGCUCACCAGAUACAAGACACUGCCGCCCAUCCAGGUGAAAUCGGCUGAUGAAGAGAAGUGUGCAGAAGAACAAAGGAAGAAAACCGAGAAGGAAUUGUGGGUGAAACCCGUACUGCCACGCCCCUUCCUUCUCCACCUCGGCUUGACGGUUCGAACCCACGACGUCGAGGAUUUCCAGAGCAACUUCCCAGACGAGUACAACAACUUCUAUAUUGACAGAGUGCUGAGUGAAAGUCAGGAGAAAUCUACUGAGAAAUCAGAGGAGAAACCUGCCACGACGUUAAGCUGUAAGCAGGCGGAGGCGAACGUAGUGGGUCUUGUGCUGAGUAACGUUCUGAGAGGUCUGCUGGACGACUCAACGUUUUGCGAGGCUGUGAAGAAAGUGAUCGUCGAACCAAUUCCCUAUUUCUGCCAGUUCCGCUCGAGUCCAGAGUCGGUGCCACCAUCAGUGAUAUCGAUGGCAUCACUGGUAUCGCCAGUGUCGCCACACCAUGCCCCACUUACGGUCGAGUUGGCCCUGGCAGGCGGGGAGGUUGCAGAGGAGACUAGUGAUGUUCAAGAAAGCCCGGAAGGCAGCGACAGUGACAGAAGAUGUCUGUCCAGUGUGAGCUUAGACUCUGGGCAGGUAAAGUCUCCAAGUGUUGGCGCGACCUCGUCGGCCCGAUCUCUUCUUGUACCGUCCUCCACAAAGUCACGGUCUGAGGUACCAGCCAAAGAGAUUUACUCAGAAACUAAGCUCAAACGGAAGAACUUCAUUAAAAAAUCACCUGACUUUGGAAACGUUGUGGAGUCCAUUUUUGAAAACACCAUCUUAAACAUCAUGGCCGAAUCCUUCGGGGGCGAGUUCAGCAUCACAUCUCGACCGCGAUUUGUUGCUCUUCCCAAGCGAUCGAACACCAGUCAGAGUGCCAAACUGAGCUUGGCACAGCUUGAACACUGAACAUCACCAUACUGCCCAGACUUGGAAGUCGGACAUCAUUCUUCAUGUUCUUUUUAUUAGGGUUACUGGUAACAACCAGCAGACACUAUUUAUCCCGAGUCUAUUGUGGUGUGCAACACAAUGAAUAACGAGUUCUUUUAAAUGUGCGAUUGAUGGUGAAAACGGUCUGUGAUAUAAAACAAAAAAAUCUUAGAAAAUUGUUGGAAAUAUUACUUAUAAAUAUGUGUGAAUUGUUAAUGGAUUGAUGUUGGAUUUUGAAAAAAGAAAAUCCGAAACAGAUUGACGUACUUUUUAAUUUGUGUUAUUUUGGACUGAUCUUAGGAAAAAAAUAAUCAGAACAGUGAGCUUCAACAGUAUUUAAAAUACAAACCGUCCUAAAACCCAGCAUUACAGCUGUUCAAGAUCAAUGUGAUAUAAACAUUAGUUAAAAAUGUACAAUAUUAUUGACAUGAUGUGUGUGAUAUGGAAUAUUUCUUAAACAUCUAUUGGUGAAAAUACUGUGCGAGAUUUAUAAUAUGACAUACCAUGUAGUAUUCUAGAAAGGCUGGAGAUCGAUUGGCUGCUCCAUCUUGACACCCUACACACCAAGUCCAAACCAUUCACUAAAAUUAACACUACUGAUACCAUUGGAUACUAAUUGUCUUACACAUGGCAGUAUUCGAUAAAUGUUGGAUAUGGAUUGGCUGCUUCACGGCAAUAACUUACACACCAAAAUGUACACUAAUGAUGCCAGUACAUACUAGUUACCUUGACCAUGGCAGAUUCAACAAACACUGGAGAUCCAUGGCGAUCACACAUACACAUUAAAAGCACAUUACAUUCCAAAACAACUUUCAGCUUAAAACCAACAUGUCUUUAAUAAUUUCAUUGGAAAUACAUGUAUUUGGUAUGAACAGUACUUUUAUUUUCAUGCAUAUGAAGAAUUAAAAAAAAUUCAGCUUCCUGUAAAUAGAGUUCCAUGAAUUGUCAAAAUGACCAGCAUUCUGAUAAUAGUUGAGGUGGGGGUCGGUUCAGCCUGGUGAAAUUCUUUCUUUAUGGAAUUUUAAUACAGGCACUAAAAUGAUAUGUUUUGUGUGUGGUGAUAAAAUGUGUCUUUUGUUACUAUAUGGAAUAAAUCUGUAAUGACAUUUGCCUUUAUGAAUAUGUAUAAAGAAAACAUUGGCCAAAAUUUAAGCAAUUCAAAGACUUGUGUGGAAAUAAAAAGAUACAAAAAACACUUAAAUUUCUUCAUAUUGAUGUGUAUUAUGUAGAGGAAAUAUUGGUAAACAAAUAGCCGAUAAUUGUGUUACUAGUUCUUUUUAAUUAUCACACCAUGUACAUCUGUAUUCAACAAAUGACAUAUAGUAUUUUAAAUAUAUAUAUAUAUAUAUAUAUAUAUAUACAGAUGUAAAUCUUGUAUAGACAACGAUAUGCGGUAAUAUGUAUGUAUAUGUUAUAUACAUGUAACUUAUUUUUGUAGAUGAAUAUCCAUCCUAUUGUACACACAUUUAUGUAUAUGUAUUAAAUCAUGAGUGAAAUGUCUUAAGUUUAAUAAAAUAUUUAAUUGUAA